AUGGAAAAGCAAAGUACCGCGGAAGAAGCUAUUGGGCUGCCACAGGAACAACUGCAACAACAACAACAAGUUGUUAAGAGCAAUAAAAAAUCCAAAUUGAGCCAUGAAAAUAAUUGGGAUUUACAGGAGGACACUUCCCUACAAACCCGCCACGGCUUACGUUAUCUUUAUAAUGGUUUUCGUUUCUUGGGUAUUUAUUUCCCCCAACGGGGCAAGACUUUGUAUUUCGUAUGGUCCCUGGUGGUGAAUCUCUAUGUGACCAUUUUGCUGCCGACGGGUUUUAUAAUGGGCAUCAUCGAUGUAACCGAUGAAAAUGUGGAAAUUGGUAAUCUCCUAACAUCAUUCCAGGUGGCCAUAAAUGUUGUGGGUUGUUCCAUUAAAAUUAUUCUCAUGUAUUUCCUAUUACCGCAACUGCUCAAGUGUGAACCGAUAUUCGAGCGUCUCGAUAAACGUUGUACCAGCCGCAAAGAGAGGGAUCUAAUACGCCGUUUUAUACACGAUGGUAACCGCUUGGUGGUAUGGUUUGCAAUUGCCUAUUGGUCGUAUUCGAGUAGUACGUGUAUUAGUGCUGUACUCUUUGGACGGUUACCCUAUAACCUGUAUAAUCCAUUUAUUGAUGCCCAGGCGUCAAUGGGGAAUUUUAUUUUGGCGGUGCUAAUGGAAAUGGUGCCCAUGGAUAUAGCAUGUUUCCAACAGGUGGUGGAUGAUUCAUAUGCAGUUAUUUAUGUGCAAAUAUUAAGGACACAUAUGCAGGCAUUGCUGAUAAGAUUGAAGCACUUGAAUGAUGAGGAUGAUGCCAUGGAACUGGAUGGAUAUAAUGGCGACGAAGACUCGGAGGAAAGAAAUGUUGAGAAAUUAAAAUUGUGUAUCAUAGAUCACAAAAAUAUUAUUGAACUCUACGAACGUGUGGCCCCGGUAAUUUCUAUUACCAUUUUUGUACAAUUCACCAUAACGGCCAGCCUAUUGGGUUCAACCCUAAUAAACAUACUGAUCUUUGCCACCAAUACAGCUUCCAUAGUGGCCUCUUGUUUCUAUGUCCUGGCCGUGGUGGUGGAAGUAUUCCCGCUGUGCUACUAUGCCCAGUGUCUAAUGGAAGAAAAUAAUCGCCUAAGCAAUGCCAUAUUCCAUUCGAAUUGGAUCUAUCAAAGUAAACGUUAUCGUAAAAUGUUAAUAUUUUUUAUGCAACGGUCCCAAAAGGUUAUCGAAUUUACAGCCGGGAAAUUAUUUCCCAUUACCUUGAGUAGUUUUUUGAGUAUUGCCAAAUUUUCAUUUUCUUUAUAUACCCUGAUAAAGGAAAUGGAUUUGAAGGAACGUUAUGGUUUGAAUUAA